AUGUGUCUCAAAAGUCAGAUAUUGAUCUUAUAUUGCAUUGCAAGUGAAGUUUGGAUGGCAAAGCAGCUUGACUCUAGCAGAAAUUUCUCCCGAGGACUUUACCGUGUUGAAGAUGAUGGUUCUGCAAAGUGGAAAAGGCUAAAAAGGAGUCUGUAUCAGGGAAGAUCCUGCAGGGUACGAGGCUGUUGCACAGGAAGAGAUGAUGACUGCAGCUUUAAUAUUGUCUCCAGAGCAGCUAUAUGUUACUGUGACCAGUUCUGUGCCUCAGGUUCUCCUGGCCCUGUAGACUGCUGUGCUGACUACUGGGAUGUCUGUGACCACCGUGUUGCGCCCACCAGGUCAGAUGAACCUUGGCCACCUCUGACAUCAGGUUGUUAUAGAGCUGGCCGAUAUUACGGAGAAGGAACAACAACUAAAGACAACUGCAAUUCCUGCAAAUGCUUGCAAAGUCUCUGGAAGUGUUCAAAAGAAAUAUGCCUUGUUCGCCAAGACUUAAUUCAGCACAUUAAUUCUGGAGACUAUGGAUGGAAAGCUGCCAACUACACUCAGUUCUGGGGAAUGACAGUGGAAGAAGGUUUCAAAAAGCGCCUGGGCACCUUCCCUCCAUCUCAUUCCUUGCUGAAUAUGAAAGAAGCUCCAGGAAAUUCACUUCCAGAAGAAAAAUUUCCUGCAUUUUUUGCAGCCACUUAUGCAUGGCCUGAAUGGAUUCAUGAUCCUCUGGAUCAACAAAACUGUGGAGCAUCCUGGGCUUUUUCAACCGCAAGUGUUGCAGCAGAUAGAAUAGCAAUUCGUUCUGAUGGUGAGAUCACAGACAACCUUUCCGCUCAGAAUUUGAUCUCUUGCGAUACCAGGAAUCAACAUGGAUGUAGCGGUGGAAGUAUUGAUGGUGCUUGGAGAUAUCUGAAAACACACGGGGUUGUGUCCUAUGCUUGUUAUCCUUCAUUUUGGAAGAGUCACCUGAAGCCAUCAGGUGAAAAUCACUGUUAUGUGUCAAGUGAACACGGAAAAAACCAUACAAAUGGGCCAUGUCCUAAUGCUUUGGCAGAAUCCAAUCAGUUAUACCGGUGUGCUGCUCACUACAGGGUCUCCUCAAAAGAAACUGAUAUAAUGAAAGAAAUCAUGGACAAAGGACCAGUGCAAGCUAUAAUGAAAGUGUAUGAAGAUUUUUUCCUUUACAAAGGGGGAAUCUAUAGACAUUCCCAGAAAGCAGGAUCUAGGUGGAAAACUCAUUCAGUCAAACUCCUUGGGUGGGGAGCAUUAACUGACAAAAAUGGACAGAAACAGAAGUUCUGGGUUGCUGCAAAUUCGUGGGGAAAAUCUUGGGGAGAAAAUGGUUAUUUUAGGAUUCUACGUGGACGAAAUGAGUGUGAUGUUGAGAAGCUGAUUUUAGCUACUUUGGGAUAGCCCAUAGUCUUCCACUCUAGUUAUAUUGUACCAUACUCUGCUUAUGUGUCUCUUCUUUCCAUUAUUGUAUAUUGAGUCUUUCUAGAGAAAGAAAAAUGUCUUCUCUG